AUGGCGAUGAGAUGGUUUGAUAGCCUCAAGCCAAACUCCAUAAACUCUUUUAAGCAGCUGACACAGGCUUUUGGUUCUCGCUUCAUAACUAGCAGCAGAGUCCCUCGGCCCCUAGAUUCCUUCCUGUCCUUGUCCAUGCGAGAAGGAGAGACCCUGAAGGCCUACUCAGACAGAUAUUGGGAAAUGUAUAAUGAGAUAGAGGGAAAUUACGAUGGCGUCGUCAUUAGCACAUUCAGGGGGGGCCUGUCGACAGAGCAUGGUUUAAGGAAGUCCUUGACAAGGAAACCGGUCACUAGCGUGCACCAACUCAUGGACAUAAUUGACAAGUACAAGAGAGUCGAAGAAGACCAACAGACGAGAAAGGGCAAAGCGAAGGUUGUCCCUCAGGAAAGGAGGGACUUCAGGUUGGACCGCUUUAACAGCAGUAAUUGGCCGAGAAGGGAUUACUCGGAGUAA